GCCGAAAGAGAACUUCGAAUGCCAUGGGUGAAAGGUUCAGACGCAGGUGGCUCAGUGUCUCGGGUGCAUGCGCGAGUGCUUUGUCAAACUGUACUGACGCAGAGAGGAUAAGAUUUCGCGAGAUAUUCAACUCGAGAAUCUCGAGGCGGGCAAGCGAGCGCAGCGCAGUGAGAGCGCUCCCAUCUAUGAUAGAGCUUGUUGGUAUAGAAUAUCAGACUGACAAGUACGAGCUUACCGCGUCCGAGGUAUCCAGUGUUCAAGGACAGAUGUGUAAUUCCUUGGCAGAUUGUUUCCAGAAAGACACUAAAUGACGCAAAGAAGCUGUCGCUCGGCCAGUACCAACUUUUCUCUCCGAGCAGCGUGACUUUCUGCAGCGUCGUGGGCCCGAUGAGGACUUGCAAGACCGCCAGGGUGGCGCUAUUGACCUCUCGGAGUGUCACCUCUUCUACACCAUAUAUGCGGCUGCCAGACCGCUGGUUUUUGGAAACUACAUUGUCUGGGCCCGUAGAGCUCCGGGUGUCCGAUUAGUACAUGCAGAUGACGAAUGCUAGUGAACACCAGAAGGAUGUCUAGCAACGGAUCGAUAUGUGAUGCAGACAGCUUGAGCGUCCCACCAAAUGCAGUACGCUCCUCGAUGGGCACAGAGGGCAAGGUCCCCUCUAGGUGUAUCACUU